GGCUGCGGCGCCGCGCGGGUGGGUGGGAUCGUGGCGGAUCCCAGCGCGCCGGGCCAGGGGCGACGGAGCGCCACGGCGGUGGCUGUGGUGGCGGCACCCAGUGCCCGCGCCUCAGGGAGGUGAGAGGCCGCCUCUUCUCAGCGACUGAGGAGGCUCGGGCCGUCCGCCCGCCAUCCGCGCGGGCCGCGGCUCCGGCAUGGCCGGGAUCAUUAAGAAGCAGAUCCUGAAACACCUGUCCCGGUUCACUAAGAAUCUUUCUCCGGACAAAAUCAAUCUGAGCACCCUGAAGGGGGAGGGUCAGCUGAGCAACCUGGAGCUGGAUGAAGAGGUCCUGCAGAACGUGCUGGAGCUGCCCACCUGGUUAGCCAUCACUCGGGUCUACUGCAACCGGGCCUCCAUCCGGAUCCAAUGGACGAAGUUGAAGACGCACCCAAUUUGCUUGUGCCUGGAUAAGGUUGAGGUGGAGAUGAAGACCUGUGAGGAGCCGCGGCCCCCCAAUGGACAGUCUCCCAUUGCCCUCGCAUCAGGACAGAGUGAAUACGGCUUUGCUGAGAAGGUGGUGGAGGGGAUGUUCAUCAUUGUCAAUUCCAUCACCAUCAAGAUUCACUCCAAGGCCUUCCACGCUUCCUUUGAACUGUGGCAGCUCCAGGGUUAUAGCGUCAACCCCAACUGGCAGCAGAGUGACCUUCGUCUGACCCGCAUCACUGAUCCCUGCCGAGGAGAGGUUUUGACAUUUAAGGAAAUAACCUGGCAAACACUUCGGAUUGAGGCAGAUGCUAUAGAUAAUGGUGACCAGGACUCUGUCACUACCCCAUUGAGGCUUAUUACCAACCAAGGAAGGAUCCAGAUAGCCCUCAAGAGAAGAACCAAAGACUGCAAUGUGAUGGCCUCCAAGCUGAUGUUCCUGCUGGACGACCUGCUCUGGGUGCUCACUGACUCCCAGCUCAAGGCCAUGAUGAAGUACGCGGAGUCCCUGAGCGAGGCCAUGGAGAAGUCAGCCCAGCAGAGAAAGAGCCUGGCUCCUGAGCCUGUGCAGGUCACUCCGCCCGCUCCCAGUGCUCAGCAGUCCUGGGCCCAAGCAUUUGGUGGCAACCAGGGCAGUAGCAGCAGCAGCAGCAACAGCAACAGCAGCCGCCUCAGCCAAUACUUUGAGAAAUUUGAUGUGAAGGAGUCCUCCUACCACCUGCUCAUCUCCCGCCUGGACCUGCACAUCUGUGACGACAGCCAGUCUCGAGAGCCAGGUGUCUCUGCAAAUAGGCUCACAGGUGGUGCCAUGCAGCUUACCUUCCGCAAGAUGGCAUUUGACUACUACCCAUUCCACUGGGCAGGCGAUAGCUGCAAACACUGGGCUCGGCACUGUGAGGCCAUGGAGACCAGAGGCCAGUGGGCCCAGAAGCUGGUGAUGGAAUUUCAGAGCAAAAUGGAGAAGUGGCACGAAGAGACGGGGCUGAAAACAUCCUGGCACCUGGGGGUAGAUGCUCCCUUCCGAAGAAAAGCAGCUUCUCUCUCCAGUCCUCAAAAGAACCCUCUUGAGAAAACUUCCUUGCAGGGCCGGGAGUCCACCUUCCGACCUCCAGCCUGGAAUCGCUUACGCUCUAGCUGCAUGGUUGUGCGCGUGGAUGACCUGGACAUCCACCAGGUGUCUACAGCUGGACAGCCAAGCAAGAAGCCAUCCACACUCCUCUCCUGCAGCCGAAAGCUCCACAACCUGCCCACUCAGGUCUCUGCGAUUCACAUCGAGUUCACCGAGUAUUACUUCCCAGAUAAUCAGAAGCUUCCAGUUCCCUGUUCCAAUCUCUACGUUCAGUUAAACAAUCUGAUAUUUACUGUGGAUCCUGUCAGCUUGCUCUGGGGAAACCUCUUCUGCCUUGAUUUAUACCGAAGCUUGGAGCAGUUUAAAGCGAUCUAUAAGCUGGAAGAUUCAAGGCAGAAAGAUGAACACUUGGAUAUCCGGCUGGAUGCCUUCCGCUUGAAGGUGAACUUCCCGCUGGAGAAGAAAGAGCAGGCGAAGUUGCAUCGUCCCCAGGCCCUUGUCUUCUCUGCAUCUGGCAUGAUUGCCACCAAUACACGUCAUGCCCCACAUUGUAGCUGUCCCGACCUCCAGAGUCUCUUUCGGGGUUUUGCUGCUGCUGAGUUCUUUCAUUCUAAUUAUGAUCACUUUCCCAAGGUUCUGGGUGGCUUUAGCCUUCUGCACAUGCUUUUUUUGCACCAUGCCUUUCAGAUGGAUUCUGGCCUCUCGCAGCCCAGUACCCUCCCUCUCCAGAGACCCAAGGCUUCCCAGGAUCUCUGGUCCAUCCACUUUUCCCAGGUCUCGUUGGACUUUGAGGGAACAGAGAACUUCAGAGGCCAUUCCUUGAAUUUUGUGGCUCCCUUCCCAUUGUCCAUUUGGGCCUGCCUGCCUCUCCGCUGGCAACAAGCCCAGGCCCAGAGGCUCCUUUUGGCCUCAGAGGGGAGGCUGAAACCGUCAGCCAGCUUUGGAAGUCCUGUCUGGUCUGAGCCCCUUGCCCCUGAUUCUGUGUCCCAUCAGAGGUCAAAGACUGAGCAUGAUCUGAAGAGUCUGUCAGGCCUUACGGAAGUCAUGGACAUUCUAGGAGAAGGCAGCGGUGCUGCAGACAGCAAAGGGCCUCCAGCAGAGCUGGAGGACGCAGCUGAUGUCCAUGUGCUCGUGCACUCCCCUACUCAUGUUCGAGUGCGGCUGGACCACUACCAGUACUUGGCCCUGCUCCGCCUGAAGGAUAUGCUGCAGGGGCUUCAGGAGCAGCUGACCAAAGAUACACAGGCCAUGACAGGGUCUCCCCUGCAGGACCAGACAGCUUGCAUUGGUGUCCUCUUCCCCAGCGCAGAGGUGGCUCUGCUCAUGCAUCCUGCCCCUGGGGCUGUUGAUGCAGACUCUGCAGGUUCAGAUACCACCAGCCUCAUAGAUUCUGAACUGUCUCCCUCAGAGGAUCGGGAACCAAAGUCUGAUGCAUCCUCAGAGCAGGGCCCAGCAAGCCCUGAGAAGGUCCUGGAGGACAGCAGCACAGAAAAUCUGGAUGUGUCCCAGGAGAGGCUGCAUAGCAAUGGAGACCUGCAGGACCUGGGUCCCCCUGCACGGCAGGUGGCAGGAAAGGGCCACGAGGCCAUCGAGUCCCUGCAGCCUAAGAGACUGAGCCAAGCCCAGGGUUCCAGCUCACCAGCUGUGUCGAAGUCCCCCACAAGCAGGGCCACUGCUGUGAAUGGACAGAGUGAGCCCAUCCCCCUGAAGAACAUUGAGGGAGAAUUCUCAAGUGCUAUCCACAUGACCAAGGAUGCCACCAAGGAGGCUCUGCAUGCCACCAUGGACCUCACCAAGGAAGCCAUGUCCCUGACUAAGGAUGCCUUCAGUCUGGGCAGAGAUCGAAUGACCUCCACCAUGCAUAAGAUGCUGUCCCUGCCCCCAGCCAAGGAGCCCUUGGCCAGGACAGAUGAGGGGGUGGCAACCUCAAUAAGUGGAGGAGCUGCCCGACUCCGAUUUUUCUCCAUGAAGAGGACAGUGUCUCAGCAGUCAUUUGAUGGUGUUGUGUUGGAUAGCAGUGGCCCUGAAGACCGGAUAUCAGUGGACAGUGACGGCAGUGAUAGCCUCGUGAUGCUCUUGGACUCUGAAUCUGGACUAGAAUCGGUUCCACUGGGCUCUCUUCCGACUGUCUUGGAUGAUGCCCGUGUUCAGGGGACCCCUGUUGUGGAUAACUGUGGCCAUGUGUCCCCAGAGGCCAACAGCUCGGCUUCACCCAGUGGGGAGGACCUCAUCCGGCACUCGGUCUCAGUUCUGGUCCUGAAGGUGAACGAGGUGACUUUUGGGAUUGAGGUACGAGGUGAGGACCUGACGGUAGCCUUGCAAGCGGAAGAACUGGCCCUGCAGCAGCUGGGCACCGUGGGACUCUGGAAGUUCCUGCAUGGACAGUGCCCUGGUACGAGCCUACAAGAACGCUCAAAAGUGCAGACUGACCAUAUCCGGCCAGCUGUGGGCCUUCGCUUUGAGGUGGGGCCUGGCGCAGCUGUUCGUUCUCCUCUGGCCACACAAAAUGGUUUCCUGCAUUUUGUGCUUCAUGGCUGUGACCUUGAGCUGCUCACUUCAGUGCUCAAUGGCCUGGGCCCCUUCUUGGAGGAUGAGGAAAUUCCAGUGGUUGUCCCCAUGCAGAUUGAGCUCCUGAACUCCAGUGUCACCCUAAAGGAUGACAUCCCCCCCAUCUAUCCAACGUCCCCAGGCCCUGUGCCCAUCACUCUGGCCAUGGAACACAUUGUGCUGAAGCGCAGUGAUGAUGGUGUCUUCCACAUCAGUGCUGCUGCUCAGGACAGACCAUCCGCGGAAGUACCUAAAAGUGAGAAGAGGCAGCCCCCCCAAGGACAGCUGUUUCUGGCACCCACUGGAGAGGUUUCUGGACAGCAGGUGAAAGAACUGCCUGCCCUACAAAAAGAACUUAUAGAAACUAAGCAAGCAUUGGCCAAUGCCAAUCAGGAAAAAGAAAAACUUCUCCAGGAGAUUAGGAAAUAUAACCCCCUCUUUGAGCUCUGAUAGCAGUGGCUCAGCUGUCUGUGCCAAGGAGAGAAGAGAUCACUAGCAGCAGCACCAGUCAGGACAGGAGGCACCGUCCGGUGCGGACUUGUCCACCAAGGAGGCCGAGGACCUGGGGUGCACUUCCUGCUGGCUGUUCUGACUCAGAUGGAGGACAAGGCAGAGCAUGGCUACAUCCUAGGAAAGUGCGGGUAGCUUCUUUCAUGGCUCAAGCAGCGUGUCAGGCCUUAUAAAGCCCUUUGGUCCUGUGUGUUGGGUCGAGGGGGAUCUUCUCCGCUUCAUAGGGCCAUUUCACCUCCUGGUUUCAUGGCAGAGAUAUUUGCUUCCUUCACAGCCUCUGUAAACAAGGCACAGUCCCCACCUCCUCAGGCACCAAGAGCCUCCAGAAACUCCAUGUCGCAGAGCUUCCUGAGCAGAACCGAGGAGGUCUUGGGCUGAGCCAAGCCAACCUUGCUAAUGGAUUAGGGCAGGAAGUAGCCUAGCAAGGGCAGGUUCAUGAGGGGCACACGCACGCAUAACGGAGCCUCAGGACGGGAGCCAGGCUCAUGUAACCUUCCUGAUGCUGCCAUCAGCUCAGUCAGGGUUGAGCCUCCUUUCAGUUGGAAUUUCAUCAUGGUAAUGCUGUGACAGGAAGUAAACAGCAGUUUUGAAUCAGCCAUGUCAUCUUUCCUCUCUGUGACACACUCGAUUUGGAAUUAAAAUGAAGAAAUAUUUGCUCUGAGCUAGGGUGCAGGAUGAUGUGGUAGGGGACUGGUUUAGGGGACCUUGGUUCUGAGCCCCCUGAGAGGUAGGUUGAGGUUGCUUCCUCGGCCUCCCUGGGGUCCCUGCCCCUCUGGUUUCCCAGCACUGGGACUUCCUGCCAGUCCUCACCUCAGUGCGUGGUGCCUAGCAGCUGAAUACGUAUUCCUUACACUUGAAUAUCUAGAUCUUGCCCGGUUGCCUCUCACUCCCCACUAAUACUGUGGCUUUUAAAAAUCACAUAAUUUUAACUUAAGAAAAAAGCAAAAGUAAAACAAAAACCCUUCAACCCAUAUAGGUUUGCCCCUCUGCCCUAUAAAAGUGCUGUUUCUCCCAUUUCUUUCUUAACUCUCCGAAACUGCCUUCGUCUGUACUGCUUUGUAGUGCGCUUGGAGCUGUGCUGGUUGGGCAGUUCAUCAGCCGACUGGCCUUGACUUGGCAAGGUGGCGGGCCGUGAGCUAGUGACACUGCGGAAGUCCUUUCAUCAUCUGUGACCUAAUGAAGGAGAGGUGCAAUGGGCUUUUUGAUGGGGAAUCAUGCCUGACCUGUAUACUCUCAUUUUUUUGUGUGUGCCAGGGAUCGAACUUGGGACCUUGCACUUGCAAAGCAGGCAGUGGAACCACUGAGCUAAAUCCCUGGCCAUACUCUUAUUUUUUGAGGAUAAAAAGAAACAUGGAUUCUUAAAGGAACAAGAUCUAAUUCAUUCAGACUCUUUUUUUUUUUUUUCUUUUGGUACCGGGG